AGAUCUCUUCUUUCUGCAGCAUAUGUGGACAGCUCAAAGUGGGAAAAGAGGCAAAAAGAGGAGCAUAGCCUGGCUGACUUAGCCCACUUAAUGGACAGAACCUAUGAAAGAAAGUUCCCUGUCAGCUCUUUGACGAUAGCCCGGUUUGUUGACAACAUUUCUUCGCGAGAGGAAGUGGAUCAAGCUGAAUAUUACCUUUACAAGUUUCGGCAUAGUCCAAAUUGCUGGUACUUGAGAGACUGGACCAUACACAGCUGGAUCAGACAAUGCUUAAAAUAUGGUGCACAAGACAAAGCCUUAUACACAUUAAAAAACAAGGUUCAGUACGGGAUUUUCCCAGAUAAUUUCACAUUCAAUAUUUUGUUGGAUUGUUUUAUAAAACAGAAGAAAUAUGAAGAUGCUAUGUCAGUAGUAACAGAGAUCAUGCUGCAAGAAAGUUUUGAUGAAUUCUCAACACAGCUUCUUUCUCUCUAUGUUUUAUACCAGUACCUGGCAACCAAGUCUGAACAUACG